GCUCUGAUAAAUCUGUCAGUAAGAUUGACAUUACUGGAAGUACGCCUAAAUAAUAUUAUUACCGUAUAAGUUCAUGAUGAUAUUCGACGCUCACAAUUGAAAUAUAGCCCGAAGUGAAUCGUCUGUAAUCUGUAUUCUGACCAUGAUUGUUUUCACUGGAUAUACUCUUCUUGCUUGUCUCCUAACUGUGUCGGGACGAACUCUUCAUUUACCGCACAUAUUCUCAGGAAAUCAUUUUCACCCAGUUUCACACGGACACUCCGGCCACAGUACACAUUUGACCAGUGGGUUAUGGCAGUAUUUCCUCAAUCAUUUUGGCCAUAGUUCACAUUACUCUGGUAGCCAGUCUAACCACAAUACACACCACAGCGUUACAACACCACACGUUAACAACACAUUUGGGCCAGUGAAACCGGAAAUACAACCAACUCUCAGCACGAAAGUACCGGGAUUAUCAAAACCAGACAGUGGAACACCAGAGGUUGGAACUGACCAAUCAGCGACCGUAGCUAGUGUUGAUGAACGGGAACGCUUUGACAAUUGGAAAAAUAAAUGGCUGCUGAAUCAUCUGUCUACCUGUGGCGACCAACCCAUAGAGCCUAUAUUUCCCACCCAUAGAAUCAUCGGGGGAGGACAAGCCGUGGAGGGAAGCUGGCCAUGGAUGGUAUCCUUCUUUUCCAAAACAAUACGACAACAUGUGUGCGCAGGAAGCAUCAUCGACAACCAAUGGAUCGUGUCUGCAGCACAUUGUUUUAAGGAAUUUCAGUUGUUUUUUCGUGGAAUACCUGACAUCAAGGAAGAUCUGGAGGUUCGUGUGGGACUACAUAACAACACAGCAGAUACUAGGGACCAUUACAUGCAGAUCUAUCACGCCGACCACAUCCUUCUACAUCCUUCAUUUAAACUAGAAACACUGGAUAACGACAUAGCUUUGGUACGACUCGACCGGCCCAUUGUAUUUAAUGAACAUGUAAAACAGGUGUGUCUGAUCGGACGGGACGCCAAAGGAGAGGACAGCUGUAUCAUCACAGGAUGGGGAAGACAGAAACAGCCGGUUGCUGAACCAGGAGGUUUACCUAAGCUUGACCCAUCAGCUUGGCCAAACAUCCUUAAACAGGCCGUUAUACCUGUUAUUGACCAGACAGACUGUAGUGAUCUGUACAAGGACAAACUGACAAGUCACAUGAUCUGUGCCGGCUAUCUAGACGGAAGUGUGGAUACCUGCAACGGGGACAGCGGAGGGCCUCUACUCUGCGGAGGUACACAGGAUGGUCGGUGGACACUUACAGGUAUCACAAGCUGGGGAGGUGCGAACUACAAAGGAUGUGCGAGAAAGGAACAGCCCGGAGUAUACACAAAGGUUUCCGGUUACUACCGCUGGAUUCUGGCCUCUAUGUAUUCACACAGACGGAUUUAGGAGCAAGGCCAGACACAUAUUGAAGUAAUGUAACCACAAACGAUGGAGACCAACGUCUACUGAUCAUAUGUCUUUUGCAAAAUAAACUAAUCAUCUGUGCUUUAUUA